CACCACUUCAAUACAUGCAUGUACCUAAGUAUAUGCACGCUAAAACGAUCUAGUCGACAAGCCACAGAUGCUAAAUUUGGUACCUAGCCAUUCACCGCCUUUACCUAGCUAAUUUUUUUCUGCGAUCCAUACGGCAGAAUUUCUUCCAUCUCCAUCAUUAAGGUAAACCGGGUACUCGACAACCCUUUCGCGGAUUCAACCCAACAGAAUCAACGAUGUCGACCCCACGACCAGAAUUUCUCAAGUUCACAGGCCACAAAUCAUUUACACAGCGCCUAGUAUUAGCAACGUUAACAGGCCGACCUAUACACAUAUCCAAAAUCCGUUCUAAUUCCCCCACCAAUCCCGGCCUCGCCCCACAUGAAGUUUCCUUCCUCCGUCUACUCGAAGCCGUCACCAAUGGCAGUUCCAUGCAGAUAUCCUACACCGGUACGACCAUAACAUAUCAGCCUGGCUUAAUUACGGGCGCUAUACCAGGCUUUGGUGCCUCAGAUGGCGAUAUCCUCGAACACCAGCUACCCGCCACCUGCACACGAGGCGUCACCUACUUCCUCCUACCUCUAUGUCUCCUUGCCCCGUUCUCGAAAUCGCACAUGAACGUUCGCUUCUCGGGACCAGGCGUCAUUACAUCAUCUACCGAGACAGGCGACCUCUCUGUCGACUCCUUCCGUACAGCCAUUUUACCAUUAUAUAAUCUCUUCGGCAUUCCGGCGGCACGGAUAGAGCUGCGAGUCCUCCAAAGGUCAUGCGCCGGGCCUCACGGUAGCGGCGGCGCGGGUAUUGUGGAGCUCAGAUUUGCGAGCCAGGUCCGGCUGCCCAAAACGUUACAUUUGAACAGGAGCCCCGGCAGGAUAAAAAGAAUACGAGGCGUCGCAUAUGCGACAGGCGUGUCAGCAUCAAAUAAUGCUCGCAUGAUACAUUCCGCGAGAGAAGUACUCAACCCUUUGGUAUCAGAUAUACACAUUGCGGCACAAUACGACCAGGCACCUUUAAUUCCCGACGCCGCCGAAAAGUCUGGGAGCAAGAAAAGAAUGGGAAUCGGUUUCGGUUUGAGCUUAGUUGCGGAGUCAAGCGCUGUGGGUGUAUUAUAUUCGGCAGACGUGGUAGUACCACCCAAAGGAGGCAUAGUUCCAGAAGAUAUCGGAAAGAGAUGCGCAUAUCAGCUCUUAGAAGCCAUAAGCCUAGGAGGUUGUGUUAGUGGGGCAGCAGCAGGGACCGUUCUGACGCUGAUGGCUAUGGGAUCCGAAGAUGUUGGGCGCUUACGCCUUGGGAGAGACGUCAUGGGCACAGAGCAAGUAAUAGGACUUGCACGAGAUCUUAGGAAAUUUGGAGCUAGUAGUUGGGGACUGCGCGAUGCUGAAGACGACGACACGGGCGAUAUCAUAGUCUCGGUGAAGGGGACUGGAGUCGGCAACGUGGGAAGGAAGAUUGCGUAAUAAUAUGAUAUCCUUUUAAAUUUG